AUGAUAAAGGCAUUAUACAAAAGUAUUGUAAAUUUUUUAUUGUCAUCCUUUUUUGAAAACAUUGAAGAAAAACAAUUACAAACAUCAUUAAUACGAGGAAAAGUUCAUUUGCAAAAUGUAAAAAUAAAAAAAUUUUUUUGUGAUUUUAUAUAUUUACCUUAUACUAUCAAAUAUGGUUAUAUUCGUUCCUUGGACUUACAAAUACCACUCUUGUAUUUGUUUCAAAAAGCUUCUUUAAAAGUAAGCGACGUUGUAAUAGUUUUGAAGGAAAAACAUUUCAGCGAAUAUAACAUAGAAGAAGAAAUAAAUGGAAUAAAAGGAGGGAAAAAGAAUAAUUUAAAACUUGAAGAUUAUAAUUAUAAUAGUAAUGAUGUGAAUCAGAAAAUUAAUAAAGGCUUAAAUUAUUUAUUUUAUGAAUUAUAUAAUAAUAUGUCUAUUGAUAUUGAAAAUGUAGAAAUUAUAUUAGAAAGUUCUGAAAAGACUACUAAUGUUAUUGGAUUGUUUGUAAAAAAAAUAAGUAGUGUUAAAACUCAUAAUUGUACAAAUAAAAUAAUAAAAGAUUUUUCUUUUGUGGAUGCUAUUUUUUAUAUGAAUGAUGAAAAAGCGAAAUAUGCAAUUAAUAAAAUUAUAAAAAAAGAAGAAAAGAAAAAGAAAAAUAAAAGAAAUAUUAAUGAAGAAGAUAUAUAUAAUAAAAUUAAAUAUAUUUGUAAUAAUUUACAUAAAAAAAAAUAUAUAAUUUCAGAAAUACCAUCCAUUGUUUUAAGUACAAGUAUGUAUGUUAGUAAUAGUACUGAUUAUUAUUAUCAUAAUUCAAAAUUUCUUUUUAAAAAAAAUAGCUAUUUUAAUAUUACAUGUACACAUUGUGAUAAAUAUCUUUUUCAAUGUAAAGAAGUGAAAAAAGAUAAAUCGAUAUUUCAAAAUAUAUUCAUAAAGAAAGAAAAAAUUCAACAAAGAAAUAAACAGCUCUAUAGUGAAAUUAAUUGUAAAUGUAUGAAAAAUAAUAAAAAUAUUUUCCAGAAAGAUCAAAAUACAAAUUGUACGUAUAAUUCAGAUCAUGUACCUGAGAACUCUCUUAAGGGUACUAAUGAAAUGAAUAAAAAUAUUCCCCCUGAUCUUGACAGUAUAAAUGUGGGACACCCCAAGAUUGAUGAUGAUAAUGAAAAAAAUAACCAUGAAAAUAAUAGUCAUAAUGAUAAUCAUAAUAAUAGUCAUAAUGAUAAUCAUAAUAAUAGUCAUAAUGAUAAUCAUAAUAAUAGUCAUAAUGAUAAUCAUAAUGAUAAUCAUAAUAAUAAUCAUAAUGAUAAUCACAAUCUUAAACAUAAACGUAAUUAUAAUCAUCGUAAUGGUGGUGUCGGACAAAAUAAUACUGGUGAUAACAACCUUUUAAAUAAUACAUUUAAUAAACAUAACGAAGAAAGAACCGUACAAGAGAAAGAUGAAAAAAAAAGUGAAGAUUGCAUUGAUUGUAAUUGUAAAAAAAAUAUUAGUGAAGAUCUUGAUAAUUGUUUAUAUUGUAGGAUUAAUAAUAAAAAUCAAUCGUAUAUUGAAAAAUUUCAUAUGUUAGAAGAAAAUAUAAAUUUAAAAGAAAAUGAAUAUAUGACCUUUGAAUUGAAUGUAGAUAAAAUAGAUUUAAUAUUAUCAUUCAAACAAUUCUAUUAUAUCUUAGAUAUUGUAAAUUAUUAUUUUAUAUAUAGUUGUCUUGUUAAUGGUUUGUGUAUAGAAGAAUGGUUAAAUAUCCCAGAAAUUAAUGAUAUAUUAAUUUAUAAAAGAGAAUUAAUAAAAAAAAAGAAAAAAGAAAAAUUUGAUAAAGAUUUUAUAGAUAAAUUUGAAUAUACACAUAGCUUUCAAAUUAUUUCAAAUAUAAAAAAACAUGUCGAAGAAUAUUCUUUAGACAAUAAUAAAAGGAAAAAAAGUAUAAGAGGAACAGGCGAAGAUUUAUCAACACUUCUGAAUAGUAAUCAUAACAAUGAAUAUAAUUAUAAAAAUGAACAUAAUCGUCACAAUGAACAUAAUCAUCACAAUGAACAUGAUAAUAAUAAUAAUAAGGUGACAAAAUCACAAUCCGCGUCGUCUCAUUUGUCAAACGUAUCAACAUGGAAUAAACCUUUUUUUGUAUAUAAUAAAAAAAUUUCAGUAAAUUGUUCAUUUAACAUUUUAAUUAAAAAAUUAAAUUUUUGUUUAUGUAGUGGGGAUAAAAUAAAUAAAAUCAUACAAAUUAAUACGGAUGAUUUUAAUUUUAAUGUUAAAUCUUAUAUUAAUGCUGAUUUUGCAUAUUCCUUAUUGUUAAAAGAUAUUAGUGUUUUCUUUAUACAUAAAGAUAAAAAAUAUCCUUUGUUUGAAUUAUUUAAUGUUAAUGAACAUAAUAAAAAAGAAGAUAAGAAAAAAGAGAAUAUGAAAGUAAAUAAAAGAAAAAGUAAAACUUAUAUAUUCAAUACACACUUAUGUAAUGAUGCGAUGACUUCUUUUAAAAGCGUUUCAUCUAUAAAAAAUGUUCCAGGUAAUAUGAAUAAUAUUACAGAUAAUAUGAAAAAUGAUAAUUAUAAUAAUAUAUAUAAGAAUAAUGAAAAAAAUGUGGAAAAUGGAAAGAAAUGUAGUAAAUAUGUUGAGUCUAGAAAUUUAGUGGAAAUAAAUAAUAGACAUAAUGAAUAUUCAAAAGAAAAGAAAAAUAUAACAAAUAUAAAGAAUGACAAUAUUAAUAAUAAUGAAAAUAAUAAUUAUGAUAAUAAUAUUAAUAAUAAAGAAGAAUAUGCAAUAUCAUUAUUAACAUUUACUAAAUAUGAAACUACACAAGCUAAAACAUUUAUAAAAUUUAAUAAAAAUAUUCUUAUAACAUUAAGUGUUAAAGAAAUUUAUAAUAUUUUAAAUAUGAACUGUGAUUAUAAACCAGUCGAUUUAGAAAAAAAAUUGAAAUCUUAUAAAAUUUUAUUUUAUUAUUAUCUUCUAGGAAAAAAAUAUUGUAAAGAAUUAUAUAUGGCAUCAGAUAAAAAUUUUGAGGAUAUGAAUAUACAUUUUAUGCAUAAUAUUUAUUUUAAUAUAAUAAUUAAUAAAAAAUAUAAUUUAUUAUUUAAAAUGAAAAAGGGACUUGUAAAUUCUUUCUUCUUUACAAAAAUGUAUUUACAUUGUGAUUUGAAGAAACUAACUAUGAUAACAGACCAUAAUGAUAUGCAACAAAAUAUGGAUAACAAAUUAGUUGAUCAAUAUACUGAACAAAUGAAAGAAAACUCUUCAUAUCAGAAUAGUCAAAGUUGUAGUAAUACAAGUAGUGUGGGCUUUACAAAUGAGGACCCAACGAAAAGAAGAAAUAAAGAAAAAAAUAAUCUAAAUAUAAAUAUAAAUUUAAAUUUAAGUACGAAUGACGAUGUAAUAAUUAAUAAAAAUGAAGAAAAAGAAAAUGAAAAUAAAGAAAGUAAUAGGACAGAGCAUAUAAAACGUGAUAAUUCUAUACAUUCGAAUGAUAAUUGUAGUAUAGGUACUCAUAGUGAGCUUUUUAAAAAUUCGGAAUAUAAUUCUAUGAUUAAUAAUAAUAAUAAUAAUAACUCUUUUAUAAAUAAUGAUAAUACAAGUAUUGAUAAUAAGGUGUCAAUGCAAUGUAGAAAGUAUUAUCAGGAGUUUUUAAAAAUGAAUAAUUUAGAAGAUAUUAAAACAAUUAGAAAAAUAGAAAAAAGGGCAAACCAAAAUAACACAAGCAAUAAUAAUACUAUAAAUAAUAUACACAAUAUAAAUAAUGUACACAAUGUAAAUAAUAUACACAAUGUAAAUAAUAUACACAAUGUAAAUAAUAUACACAAUGUAAAUAAUAUACACAAUGUAAAUAAUAUACACAAUGUAAAUAAUGUACACAAUAUAAAUAAUAAUUAUUAUGAUCAUAUUUAUAGUCAUAACAAUAUCCAUAUUAAUAAUCAUGCGAUUAUCCACAAUAACAGCCAUUAUAAUAAUAAAAAAACAAACAUUAUUCUGAACAACAACAAAUAUGAUGAAUAUAAUGAUAAACACAGUUUUCAUAGCGAAAAUACAAAUUCUUAUAGUAAUUCAAAUAAGGAUGAUUAUUUAAAUGAAGAUUUAAAUUUAUAUAAAGAUCAUAUGUAUAUACAAAAUUGUAUAACGGAAAAAGAAGAUAAUAUAAUUACUACAAUUUAUCAGAAAAGAACAAAUUUUGAACUUUCUCUUUUUAUUCUUAAAAAUAAAAAUAAUGAAAAGAUACAAAAUAUAUUAUCUCAUAAAAAUAAAAUAAAUAAGAAAUAUAUAUUAAAACCAUUAAAAAUAUAUAUUGAUGAAAUUACAUAUAAUUUUAAAAAUUCGAGUGAUAAGAAAAUAACCUUUUUUCAUACUAAUAAUUAUAAAAACUAUCUAAAUUUUACACUUGAUGAUAAAAUUAUAUUCAAACUUAUUUUCUUUUAUUAUCAUUAUAAAGAUUAUGUUGAUCAUAUUUUUGAAAAGUUUGAAAGCAAAGAUGAAUCCAACUAUUUAAAUUUAAAUACAAUAGAUGUACGUAGUUAUAAAACUUUACAAAUUUUAUUAGAUAAUGCUGUUCAUAAUAAGAAUGAUCACUGGUUCAAUGAACAGAAGGAUGUUCAUGAUAAAGAUGAGCAGAAUAAAGGAACAAUAUAUUAUGAACAAAAUGAACAUGAUAUCAAAAUUGAUGAUAAUAAUGAGGAGGAGAAUAACGACCACACAGAUAAUAAUAAUAAAAACAAUAAUAAUAAUAAUAAUAACAAUAAUAAUAAAAACAAUAAUAAUAAUAACAAUAAUAAUAAAAACAAUAUGGUGGAUGGUCAAAUCGAAUGUAAUGAAAAUGUUACAGAAAAAGAGAUACCAAGUAAUGUACCCAAUUCAAAUAACUUAACAAAUGAAAGUUCAAAUGAUAAUCAUAAUAAAACAACUAUUGAACAUAAUAAUAAUUUUUGUGAAGAACAGAACAAAAAUGAUUUAAUAAAAACAUCCUUUAAUAUUACUCAUUGUGAAGAAGAAAAUGCAAAUAAAAAUAAAUACACGGAGGAAGAUAAAAAGGAAAUAAAAGGAAAUGAUAAAAAAAAUGUUGAAAUGUGUAGAAAAGAUACAUUAGAUUAUGUAAAAGAAGAUAUAAAUAAAUAUAAGAUGUAUAUUAAUGAAAAUAAUAAUAAAAAAGAAGAAGAAUAUUCACAUAAUAAUAAUAAUCAUCAUCAUCAUUACCAUCAUAAUAAUAUGUUGAAAGAUGAUACAUCAAAUUAUAACCAUGUACAAUAUUUCCAUGGAGAAAAAAAAGAAAUAAUAUGUUUUAUAAAUAAAAGUAAAAUACAUUUUAAUAAUUAUAAAAAAAGUAAAAGAAUGAUAUCGAUACAUUUAUCAGAUGUCCUAAUGUAUUUAUUUAGUGAUAAUAAUAUUACAAACUUUUUAUUUAAUUUAAAAAAAAUUAAUAUAUUAAAUUGUUUAUCUCAUGAAGAUAGUUAUAAUAGUUUCUUUUCAUAUAUACAACAUAAAAAAUUUUCUACACAUAAAAUAAGUAAAAAAGGAUCAAAAUUAAGUGAUAAAAGAAAGAGUUCAAAUGUUAAUGGAAUUUAUUUUUAUAAUAGUGUUUUUAAAUUAAUUCAAAACGGUACCUUUCUUUUAAAAUAUUCAUCAAAGAAUAAUAUUUCAUGCUUAUCUUCCAUACAUCUAAACCCAAAUCAUAAUCAUUAUAUAGAAAAUAAUAAUUCAAAAGAAAAAAAUUAUUUUCUAAACAACAAUAAUAAUAAUAAUAAUAAAAUGGAAAUAGAAGAAACUACUGAAUUUAGAUAUUUUAAUACAAAUAAUUUUGAACAACUAAAUAAUACAUCAGGAAAUAAAUCUAUUGAUGGAUCCAACGUGAAAAUUAAUAAUAGUCUUGAUUUUGUUCAUAAAAAUUAUUAUAAUAAUUUGAAUAAUGACUAUUUUAAUUUUAAUGUACCUCAGGAUUCUAAUAAACGAAAGGAUGCCACAAGUUCUCCAAGUAAUGUUAGUAAUAAAAGUGGGGAAAUCAAAAGUAGUCACAAGAAGGAACAAAGGAAAGAUAAUCAUAUGAAUGAAAAUAUUAGAGGUAGUCAUAGAAGUUAUAGUACUCAUCAAAGUUAUAGAACCCAUCAAAGUUAUAAACGUCAUGCUAAUAAUAGUAAUAUACGAUGUAGUAGCAGCCCAAGCGAAAGAACACACAUCUCCAAAAAAGAUGAAAUAAAAUUCAAUAAAGAAAACAUUAUGACAUUGUUAAAUGAUUGUACAAAUAAUGAAGGAGAAAAUCAUCAUGUUAAAAUAACGAACAAACAAAUCAAAAGAAGUAAAAGUAAAGAACAAUUUGAAGAUAUAAUAAAUAGUAAUACAAAAAAAACAAAUGAUAUAGAACAUAUUUGGGAUGAACAAAAUAAUCAAAACAAUAAAGAAAAUGAUAAUGUUGUAAAUAGAGUUGAGAAAAAAAGUAUUAUUACGGAAAAUUAUAUACCUUAUAAAAGUUGUAUAGAACAAAUUGAUGAUAUUGAUUAUAAUAAAGAAUCGUUACAACAUGAAAAAAACAUAGAUGGAAAAACAAAUAUUAUAUAUCAUAAUAAUAAUAAUAAUAAUGAUCAUAUAAAUAUGAAUACUACUACUUGUAUUCCUAUAAAUGAAAAGAACUUUGUUAUACAAAGAAAUAAAAAAAUUUCUCAUUACUAUAAUGCAAAAGAAUAUAAUGAUUCAAAUAAAAGGAGAAGAAAUAAUUAUAUAUUAACUGGAGAGGUAAAUAAUAUAAAAGGUUAUAAUAAAGAUGAUAUGCAUUCAUCACAUGUUAAUAAUAUGAAUAAUUCAUUAUGCUCAUCAGCUUAUCAUAAUAUGAAAUAUGAAAAAUAUGUAGAUAUUGAGAAAUAUAGAAAUGAUGACGAAUUUUAUGAAGCUGAAGAUGAUGAAGAUGAAGAAAAUGAUAUAGAUAAUCAAGAAGAAGAAUAUAUUGAUAUGAAAAAAAAAGAAAAUGAAAAUAUUAGUAGUAUUGAAUUUCAUAUGAUUAAUAGUGAAUUUAUUGUAGAUUAUUUAUAUUUUAUAUAUUUAUUUAAAUGGAUUAAUAAAUUAUAUAGAAAAUAUGAAAAAAUUAAACAAUUGUCAGAUUUUGCAUAUUCAAAUAAUAAUAGUACAGAUGAUGAAGAAAGUAAUAUAAAUGUAUCAAAAUGUAAUUAUAUUCUUUUCUUACAAAAUAAUAAAAUUUAUGUACCAAUAUAUAAUUAUUCAAUAUCACAAUAUAAGUAUUAUAAUAGUUUAAAGGGAACCUCUUAUGUAUCCUUAUUACCUGUAUUAGAGUUACAUUUCUCAUGUUCCUACAAAUCUAUGAACGAAAACGAUGAAAAUGUAAAGUCGAUAAACGUGCGAAAUUUGGGAAGCGCUCUUGUCAUUCCAAGUAUUAACAUUUACAAACAUAAAAAAAACAAGAAAAGCAAUAUAUGUGUAAUAACGUUUAAUAGGAAGGAUAAGAAUAAUGAAAGUAUCAUUAACGAUUUAAGAUUUCAAAUAAAUAUGAGAAGAAAUUAUAAUUAUGAAAUUAUAGAAAAUGAAGAUGAUAAUAGUAGUAGUUGUAAUAAUAUGGAGAUUCCAUAUUAUGAACCUAAAUAUACAUCAUUAAAUACAUAUUGCACGGUUAUAUCUAAAGAGCAGAUGUAUUCAGAAAAGAACAAGAAUAAAAAUAAUAAUAUUAACAACAAUAAUAAUGAUAAUAAUAUAAUUAUGUAUGAUAAUAAUAUGUAUAAUUAUCAUGGUUACCAUACUAAAACAGGAUCAUAUCCAAAAAAGAUUAUUAGUUUCCAUUGUGAUCCUAUAAUUUUAAAUUUUUCAAAAGAUAUAUUAAAAAAUGUACUUAUAUUUUAUAAUACAUUUUGUUAUUUUAUAAAUAAUUGUAGUAAAAACGAUGAUACAGGUAAUGAUAGUAAUAUGAUUAGAGAUAUGUUAUAUUAUUUAUACAACCAAAGUAGUGAUAUAUUAUUUGAAUAUUUUCUUGAUGAUAUACGUUUAAAUUGUUAUGAUGGUAAUAUUAAUCGAAAUGUACCAUUGAUAGUAGUUAGUUUGUUUAAUUUAAAAUUCUUUUUACAAAAGGAUAUAAUAAGUAUAUAUAAUUUUUUGAAUUUUUAUUUAAAUAUAGAUAUAUAUGAUAGUUAUAAAAUAUUAUAUGAUACGUUAUUAGAAAAGAUGGAAAUAUAUUUAACUUUUGAAAAUAAUAGAAAUAAAUUGAAUAUAUUAAAUUUAACAUUAGAAACAUCUUAUAUUAAUAUUUUAUAUACAAAUAAAAGUAAAAAUAUAUUAAUAAAUUUCCUUGAGCCAAUAUUAAAUAAAAAUUUUUAUUAUUUCAGUUCAUCAUAUUAUAAUAAUUUGGAUAUUACAAAAAAUAAAAGAAGAAAACGAAGUAUUUAUCAUCAUCAUAAUCAUAAUUAUCAUCAUGAAUGUUAUGAAAAUAAUAUUUUAAUUAAAAAUACAAAAGGAAAAUCAUUAGUUACACAUAUAACAUCUAAAAUAUUUAAUUAUACAGGUUUAUCAAUAAAUGUAAGAUUUAAACAAUCAUUACGAAAUAAAAUACAAAACAAUAGUUUAAAUAAUAAGAAUAAAAAUAAAUAUUUAUUUUAUGAAUUACAAAAUAAUGAGCAUGGGGCAUUAUUAAAUGAUGAAAAUGGAGAAGUGUGUGAAGUCGUAGUUAUUAUAAAAAUAUUUAAUUAUAUAUUUGAAAUAAUAGAUAUAGAAAGAAAUAAAAAUACAUGUGAUAUUAGAUUUUUACCUAUAAUAUAUGAAUUAAAAAAAUUUAAUGAAAAAAAAAAAAUUACUAUUAAAAAGUAUGAUAUAAAUUAUGAUAUAUAUAAUGAAUAUUCAUUAAAAAAUAAAGUAUUUAAAACAUUUAUUAAAUUAUAUAUACAAACAAAUAUUGAUGAAAAGGGAAUAGUCUCAAUAUAUUUCUCAUCAAAUCUAUUUAUUAAUAAUUCAACAAAUAGUGAUUUUGUUUUAUUGUUUCACCCUGUACUUUAUUAUUUUAUGUUAUUUAAUGAACAGUCCACAAAUAGUAACACUAACAAUAAUAUAAACAACAACAAUAAAAAUGAGGAUAACAUGGUCGAUAAUAAUGAAAAUAAUGAUAAAAAUAAUGAUAAAAAUAAUGAUAAAAAUAAUAAUGAAAAUAAGGAUUGUGAUAGUGUCCAUAAUAUUAAUAAUGUGGAAAGCGAUUCACCAGUAAAUAUAAACUUUUUCAAAAAUGAUAAUUAUAAUAAUAAUUACCAUAAUAAUUACCAUAAUAAUUACCAUAAUAAUAAUGACAAAGGUGCAAAUAUAACUAUUAUUAAUUCCAAUGAAAGGUAUUUUUUACCUCUUAUUUCUUUUAUACCUAUUAUUAUUUUAUAUGAUUAUUUAAAGAAAAAAAAUGAAAUCGAAGAAAAUAAUUACCCUGACAAGUAUCCAAUGAAUUCUAAGAAUUCUUAUGUAACACCUGUCUCAAUGGUAUGUGAUUUAAAAGGAAGCUUCAGUGCAGAUAUAAAAAAAAAUAAUUUCAUAAAACGAUUUAAUUCGUUAAAUUAUAAUAUGAAUAUUCAUAAUGGUGAAGAGGAAGAAAUAUCUAAGCAGAAUGAAGCCAAUGAUAUGUUAAAUUAUACCCACGUGGAUAAUAGUAACAACGAAACAUCUUGCAGAAAUAAUAAUGAAGAUAAAAUAUUAAGUUAUAAGAAAAGAAUUACUUAUGAUUAUUCUUCGAUUAAUUCUUUAAAAAAAUUGUCAUACAAUAACUUAACACGUGCUAGCUGUUAUGUUAACUCCAGAAGUAGCGAAAUGAACCUUUGUAAUAUAAUAUCGAAUAAAGGAGAUAAAAGAAAUUUUAUGAACAAUGAAAAAAUAAUAGAAUCUCUUAAUUUGAAUGCUUUAAGAGAAAUUAAUAAAAUAAGAACUAAUAGAAUAUUAAAAAGAUUAGAAAAAUAUGUAAAUGAAAAAAGUAAUAGUAAGAAUAUGAAAAAUAUUAAUUAUAUUUAUAUUAUUAAAAAAGAAUUUUAUGAUUUCUAUAUUCAUAAAAAUGAAAAUAAUAAUAAAUGUUAUUUUGAAAUGUUUAAUUUUUUAAUAAAAAAUGGAGCCAAAAAAGUUUUAAAUAAUUCAAGUAUAAAAGAAAUUAUCUGUAGACAUUCCUUUGAUUUUUUAAAAUAUAAUUUAUAUGCACAAACAUUAAAAUUAAAAACUUUAAAAAUUAUAUGUUAUGAUAAGUAUAGUAGAUAUUUAAGGGAGAAGAAAAAGGAAAUGGAAGAAGCUAAAACGUAUAAUAAUAAUAAUAAUAAAAAUAACAUCAACAAUAAUAAUAACAACAAUGAUAAUAACAACAAUAAUAAUAACAACAACAAUAAUAAUAACAAUAAUAAUAAUAAUAUGAAGAAAAAGCAAAUUGGUGAUAUAUAUAUGAAAAAUUAUAAAGAAGAAAAAAAUGAUAUAAAGGAAGAACAAGAAAAACAUGAUAAUAGUAGUAGUAUUGUGGUGUUAAAUAAAUUUCAUGAUUAUUAUGAUAAAAGAGAUAAGUAUUAUUUUGAAAACAACCACAGGAAUGACCAUUACACAAGUGACUUAAAUAAUGAUGAUAAUAAUAAAUAUAAUAUUUAUGAUAAUAAUAAAUAUAGUAUUUAUGAUAAUAAUAAAUAUCAUAUUUAUGAUAAUAAUGAAAGUAACAAUAAAAAGGAUGAUUUUUAUUAUAGCAUACCUACUAAUCUCGAUAUUUCACUUAAAUGUAUAAAUCGAAAUGAAAGACACAUCAACAGUCUUCUAUUUAAUCAUAGUAAGAGGAAAUCUACAUUAAGCAACAUACUAAUAAAACAUGAUAUGAUUAAAAAUAGUGUAUCUAAACAUAUCCUGAAUAAUGAUUAUGCAUAUGAAUAUGAUAAAAAGGAAGAAAUAGAAUAUAACUAUAAUAAUAAGGAUAAUUGUGAAAAAAAUAUAUAUGUGCUUGAUGUAAAAAAUAAAAAACAAAAUAAUAAUAAUAAUAUGAACGAUGAUGAUGAUGAUAAUAAUAAUAUGAACGAUGAUGAUGAUGAUAAUAAUAAUAUGAACGAUGAUGAUGAUGAUAAUAAUAAUAUGAACGAUGAUGAUAAUAAUAAUGAUAAUAAUAAUGAUAAGAAGAAGCAUCAUAUUAUCCAUUAUAAUAAUAAUAAUAUUAUAAAAAAGAAAAGAAGGAAAUUUAUAUUUACUGCAAAGAAACAAAGUAGUUAUAGUAAUACAAUUAUAUGUGAACAAAAGAAUAUAGAUGUGAAUAAAAUAUAUUCGUUUGGUAUAUAUAUUGAUUAUAUAUUUGAAAUCCAUAACUUUAUGCAUGAAGAAAUGAAAAUUGGUUAUUGUCAGAAAUAUUAUAUAAACAGUAUACCUAAAAAGAUUAAAAGAAUUAAACGAGAAGAGAUAUCACCUAAAUCAAUAAAAUAUUUAGAUACGAUACCGAAAUAUAUUAAAUUAUUUUAUGUAUUAAAUAAUGAUAAUUAUAUAUUUAAUUUUUUUUCUAAAAAAAUUCAAUUAUAUAAAUAUGCUAAUACACCAGAUAAAAUUCAUCAAAUAAAAAUGUAUAUAGAAUAUAUUAAUGAUGAAAAUAAAAAUAUAAUAUAUAAGAAAAGAAAAUAUAAAUUAAAUUCUUUAUUUAAAAGAAAAUCAAAAAAUAAAAGGAAAUAUAAAUAUCUAGAAUCAAAAGAUUAUGAUAAAUUAUGUAAAGAAGUACCUAAGUUUUUUUAUCUUAAUAUUACAUUUCGAAAGAAAACAGAUCAUUCAAAUAAUACAUAUUAUAAUGAAAAUAAUUUUAAACAUGUAAUAGACAGUAAUGUUUUGCAAUUAUUAAUUUAUCCAUCUUUCUUUUUUCAAAAUAAUCUAGAUAACGAUUUAAUAAUUAAAUCCAAUGGAAAUUUACAAAAAAUUAAAAAAAAAUCAAUAAUGUUUUUUGGUGAUGUUGAUAAUAGUAAAGUUAUAUUACAAAUAGUAUAUAAUAAUCAAAUAUUCCUUUCUAAAAAAAUAAAAAUAAAUCAAGUAUGUUUAAAUAAAAAAAUCAUCUUAACAAGUAAAAAUAAAAAAGAAAAUAUUUUCUUAUCUAUGAAUAUUACAUUAAAUGGUAAUAUCUAUAAUACAAAAACAAUUACUAUUAAUAAUAGAUAUACAAUUAUUAAUAAUACCAAUCGAACUUUAUAUGUGCAAGAAGUUAAUAAAGAUUUCAAAAUUAUUAAAAAAAAGGAAAAAAAAUAUAUGACGUAUUCAUUUUCUUUAGAAAAUUUACAAAAUCAAAAUAAUCAUUCAAAUGAUGAAAAUAUGGAAAAAUUAUAUAUACCUAGUAGUAAUGAUCUUACUAAUAUAAAACGUAAUUAUAAUCAAAAAGAAAAAAAUGAAAAAAAUGAAAAAAAAGAAAAAAAUGAAAAUUUAAACAAAAUUACAAUCAAUAAACGAUCAGAUUUAACGUAUGAGCACGAAAAUGAUGAAACAAAAAUUAUGGAUACUUGUGAAAUUUCUGAUAAGAAAUAUACGGAAAAAGGUAUGACAAAAAUAUGUGAAUUUAAUAAAAAGCAUAUAAAAUAUAAUAAACAUAAAAAAUAUAACGACAAGAAAUAUAAUCAAAAGGAAAACAAUAAUAAUAAUAAUAAUACUACGAGUAGUAAUAAUAGUAAUAGUAAUAGUAAUAGUAGUAACAACAGACCUAAUAUUAUUUCAAUAAAACCAUAUGAAUCUUUUUAUUAUCAUCCUAUUAACACAAAUAAAUGCUUCCUAACUUUUUCUUAUACAAAUAUUAUGGAAUGUAAAAAUGAUAAGAAUUUUUAUAGAAGAAGAGGUAGCUAUGAAUUUACACAUACACAAAAUGAAAUCACAAACUUAUUCAAUAAUUAUUUAAAAAAAAAAAUUAUGAAAUCUCAAAAUAUAUCUAUAAUAAAUGAUAAAGAAGAAAACAUAAAUAAUAAUGUACAUAAAAAUCAAGAAUUCUAUAAUUUAUUUUAUACUAGUCCUAUAGAAAUCGAAAAGGUAGGUAAUUACAAAAUUUUUCACAAGACAGUACAUAAAAUUGAUGUUACGUACAAUAAUGAAAAAGACGCAACCGACGAUCAACCUACAUAUGAGGAUGAUAUUAUUCAAAAGGAAAUAAAACAACAAGAAAAAGAAAUUGAAGAAGAAAUAAAAAGAGAAAUAGAAGAACUAGAAGAACAUCGUGAAAAGGAAACUAUUAUUGUAUUUUCAAAUUUGAAAGAUUCAUAUGAAAAAGAAAUGCAAAAAAAAAAAAAAGAUCGACAUAAGAAAAAUAACUUUCUUAAUAUAAACUCUGAUCAUAUUAAUGAUAAGAACAUUAUUAAUUCUUAUAAAAAUGAACAAACCACUGAAAUGAUAUAUAUACAACACGACUAUACAGAUAAUAUACCUGCUGACGAUGAGAAAAAAAGUUCGCAUAAUGAAACUAUACUUAUAGAUGAUUUAACAUUAUUUAAUAAAAAUAAUAAACAUAGUAUUAAUGAAAGGGAAAAUAAAGAAAACAUAUUUAAUGAAACGGUUUUGACAGUCGAUAAUAAUGAUACUGAACAUAUAAAAAGCGACUAUGUAAAUAUAAAAGGCGAUUGUAUAAAUAUAAAAGGCGAUUGUAUAAAUAUAAAAGGCGAUUAUGUAAAUAUAAAAGAUAAUUGGGUAGAUAUAAAAGAUAAUUGUGUAAAUAUAAAAGAUAAUUGUGUAAAUAUAAAAGAUAAUUGUGUAAAUAUAAAAGGCAAUUGUGUAAAUACAAAGGAGGAUUCUCAUAAUAAUUAUCAACAGAAUGGUAUGAAUCUAAGACAUGAUUCGUUUUGUGAAAAUUAUGUUAUAGAUUUUAAUGAUGAUGAUUCUUGUAUUCAUUUUAAAAAAAAUAAAAAUGAUAUAAAUACAGCAGAUGAUAUAAAUAAUAAUACGGUGAUUAUCCCUAUUAAAAGUAUAAAGCAACUAGAAGGAGAAGAAAAUGUGCAUAAUAUAGAAAAUAAAAAUAAUAACAGCAAUAAUAAUAAUAAUAAUCUUUUAUGUGAAUUGAAUAAAACGAGUGAUAAUAAAGAACGAAUAAACACAAAACAUAUGUUUUUAUAUAAAGAAGAAAGUAUUAUUACAGAAAUUAAUAUAGCAUUAAAUAGUAAUACAAAUAUCGAAAUAAAUAUAUCUAUAGAAAAUAACCCAGAUACUAUUAUAUAUAAUAAAACAAACUAUUAUUUAAUAUUUUAUCAAAGAAAAACAAAUAAAAAAAUAGUAAAUUUGUUGAAACCUUUUGAUAAAGAAAUAUUCGGAUGGACUGAUGUUUGUAAACCUAAAGUUAUAAAAUGCUUUUUAAUUAUUCAAAAAAAUGAUGUGUAUGUAUUUUCAUGUAAUUUAAAUAUAGUAAAAGAACAUAAUAAUAUUAUAUUAAAUAAUAAUAGAAGAAUUAUUGUGUUAACCAAAAUUGAAAAUGGGAAACGAGUUUUUUGUUUAGAAGAAAUGAAUAUCGAAUUAUUAGAUUGUAAUGAAAAAUAUGAACACAAAAAAUCUCUAGCUCCAUUUUUUUCCGCAAGUAAAGGUUUUAAUAGAUUUAGAGAAAAGAAAAAAAAGAAAAUCAAAAAGAAAUUACAUAAAAUAAGUUUAUAUAAUAGUUUAAUCAAAUCAUCACAAAUGAGAAAGGAAAAGAAUAAAAGUAAAAAUAAAAAAAAAAAUAAAAAACAAAAAAAAAAUCAAAUGAAUCAAAUGAAUCAAACCAAUCAAACCAAUCAUAUGUUACAAAAAAACAAACAAACUAAUGAUAACUAUUUAGUAAAAUAUAAAAAUGAAAAAUUUAAUAAGAAAUUACCAUUACUUAGUAAAAAACGUUUUAAUAUUGCAUAUUUAAAAAAAAAAAGAAAACAAAUCAAAAAAAAAAAAAAUAAUAAAUAUUUUCAUUUAAGUUCCUUUUUCCUAUUAAAAAGUAUGGAUUCAUCAAUCCAUAAAGAUGUUGAAAAGGAAAGGAAAAAACAAAAAGGAAAAAGCCAACAGGCAGAAAAAUUAUUCAAGGUAGAAAAAAUUGUACACAAUGAAUCUUACAAUGAAUCGUAUAAUGAAUCGUAUAAUGAAUAUCAUAAUGAAUAUCACAAUGAAUAUCACAAUGAAUAUCACAAUGAAUAUCAUAACGAAAAUAAUGGUAAUAUAAAUUCAAUUAAGUAUAAUAAUAUUAUUAAAGAAGAAGAAAAUGUGAAAAAUAAAAAUGCAACAAGUAAUAAUAAUAGUAGUUUUAGUAAAAAAAAUAUUAAAUUAAAUAAUGUAUCUAUAAAAAAAGAUGAUAAAAAAAAAUCUACAUCAAAAUAUAAAAGCUUGAAUUCUAAAAAACAUAUUAAUAAAUUUUUUAAUGACAAUUAUACAUUUCGAAAAAAAAAGAAAAGAAAAAAAAGUAAUAAAAAAAAUUUAUAUGUGAAUAAAAAUAAUGAAGAGACAGAAACAAGUGAUUAUUAUAUAGAACAUAAUGAAAACAAGAAAAAUAUCGAACUUUCUUCUCAUGAUAACAAUUCUUUUGAUAAUGAGAAAAGGAAAACUAGUUUAGGCAUGACAAAAUCCAAAGGAUAUAACGAUCUUUUUACUGUUAAGUUUAGAAAAAGUGUAAAUGAAAAUGAUAAAAUUGAUGAAUAUAAAGAAAAUAGUUUUGAAGACUCUAGUACAUAUAAUGAUUCAUUUUUAAGCAGUUCUUCAAAUAAUGAGAAUUAUAUUUCUAAUAAUAAUAAGAAACACAUGUUUCUUAAUAGAUAUUAUGAUAAUAAAGAUGAUAAGAAGAAAUAUAGAGAAUAUAAUUUAAUAUAUAAUAAAGAAAUGAAAGCUAAAAAUAAUUUAAAAAAACCUAAGAAGAAAAUUAAAAGAAAACUUAGUGAUUUUAUAUUUACAAAAAUUAAAAAAAAUCAAAAGAAAUUUAAAGGACUUAGUAGAAUAUAUCCAAUGUUUUUAAAAAGUAAUAAAAGUGAUGAAUUUAAUGUUCUUAUAAGAAAUUAUUUAUCGGACAAAGAUGAUAGCACUAGUAUAAGGAAAGAAUAUAAAAUUAUAAAUGAUAAUUAUAUAAAUAAUAAUGAAAAUAAUAAUAAUGAAAAUAUGAAUUAUGAUUUAAAAACAAAUACUUAUAAUAAUAUUCUUCAUAAUAAUAAUUAUAGAUUAGAUAAAAAAAGUGUAUUUGAAGAAAAUAGAAAAAUACCCAUAAAAUUUAUAACAAAUUUAAAUGUAAUGUUACGUGGAAUAAAAAUUAGUUUAUUUGAGCACACCUGUGAUUAUGUUAUAUCUUUUGAAAUCAAUGAAUUAUUAGUUACAAAGGAAUAUAUGGAAUAUAUAGAUUAUUAUAAUGUAGACAUAAAAAUAAAUAAUAUUUUAUGUUAUGCUGUAUAUAAAUAUUUAAGUGCAUGUGCUGUAUUAUAUACAAAUAAUGAUAGCAACAUAAAAAAUAAUCACUUACGUAUGUUAAUGAAUGAAUUAAAAAUUAAAAGGAAUUUAUUUUUACAAAAAAAAAGAAGAAAUGAAAAUAAAAAGGAAUAUUCUGAUGUUAAUAUUGACAAAAAUAAUGACAAUAUUAAAAAUAAUGACAAUAUUAAAAAUAAUGACCAUAUUAAUGAUAAUGACCAUAUUAAUGAUAAUGACCAUAUUAAUGAUAAGGACCAUAUUAAUAAUAAGGACCAUAUUAAUAAUAAGGACCAUAUUAAUGAUAAUGAAAAAGAAAUGUACUCAUCAGGUUCAUCCAGAACAAGUUAUACAAAUAAAAAGAAGGGAUAUAAAUAUAAAAACAAUUAUAAGAAAAAAAAAAAAAAAACUGAAAAAAAUAUUUAUGAUAAUAAAAAAGCCAAAAAAAAAAAAAAAGAGAAAGUAGAGAAAAAGAAAAAGAACCUUUUUGUAAACAAUGAAUUUCUUAUAUGUAAUUUUCAAUAUGUAAGGAAAUGUGAAACAUUAUUUUUUAAAUAUUUCUUAUUAAGUUUAAAACCUAUUGUUAUUAAUGCAGAUAUUAAUUCUAUAACUAUAUUGUUCUAUUUUUAUAAAACGUUUUAUAAUUUUCAUACCAAAAAAAAUGAACAGGGUCAAGGAGUCCAAAAUGGAUUCAACACGGAUAAUUAUGAAAAGGUGCACAUGAGGGAAAUAAAUAUGAUGAAAGAACAACAACAACAACAAAAAAAAAAAAAAAAAGAAGAAGAAGAAGAAGAAGAAGAAGAAGAAGAAGAAGAAGAAGAAAAAAAAAAAAAAAACAAGGAAAAUGUAUUACAAAAAAAAAAAACCAAACAAGAAAUGGAGAGACCUUUAAAAGAUUAUUAUUAUUAUUAUUAUUCAUCUAUGAAUAUAUUAAAUGAUCCAGAUAAUAAUAAAAGAUGUGAUAUACAAAAAAACCGUAUGAUCGAAAAAAAUGAUAGCUUUUUUAUAAAUGUAGAUGAAAAUAGAAAACAAAAAAUACAAGAUAUAACUGGUGAUCAUAUUAUUGAUAAUAAUAUUUUAAGUCGAAUGAAAAAUAUGGAAUCAUUUAUUAUACAUGAAGAACAACAAAAAAAUGAUUUAACUUUAACAUUACAUAAUAAUAUAUAUAAUGUAGAAGGAGAAUAUUAUAAUAUAAAAAAGAGUAAUAUGAAUUAUUAUAAUAAUAUAAUUAACAAUAAAAAGUCUUCUGUUCAAAUAAAAAAAAAAACAACUCUUAUCGAAAAAAAUGAUAUUAAUAAUAAAUAUGUAUAUUUACAAUAUAUAAGUAUAGAUAAAAUAAAUAUUUUAUUAAAUUUCCAAUCAGAAUAUAAAAAAGAAUUAACAAAUCAUGUUAAUGAUUUAUUUUAUAAAGAACAUAUAAGUGCUUAUAAUAAAUUAGGAGAUAUUUCUAAUUGUAAUAUAUAUUUAAAAAGUUUAUCCAAUAUACAUAUCUUUACAAAUUAUAAUUUGUUAAUAAAUUUCCUACAAAAUUUUUAUUAUAACCAAACUAUAGUUAACCUAUCAAACUUAUUAAUUUCUUUUAAUAUUAUUGGAAGCCCUACAUCUUUAAUAGCGCAUGUUAAAAAUGCAUUUAAUGAAUUCUUCUAUAUAAUUAAUGAAGACACACUAUCCAAAAAAAACAGAUAUGAUGAUGACAAGGACAUUAACGAUUACACAACAAAAUACAACAGAAAAAACAACAAAAAAAACAACAGAAAAAACAACAAAAAAAACAACAGAAAAAACAACAGAAAAAACAACAAAAAUAAUGAUAAUAACAAUAUUAAUAGUAUGUAUGGUAGUCAUUAUAAUAAUAAUUAUAUUUAUUAUAACGAUUAUUAUUAUAAUAAUAAUUACAUGUAUCGUCGUAGUACUCUUAAUUAUCAUUAUUAUGAACAAGGUUAUGAUAAAUACAAAUUGAAUCGUAUAUAUAAUAAUAACCCGAAAUUAAGAAAAAAUAAUAAAGAAAGAAAAAAUAAUAUACAACAAAUUAAUUAUACAACCAAAAAAGAAGACAAACAUAAUUUCCUAAAUUUAAUAGAUCAAUCCAGGGAAAGCUCAUUUUUAGAUGAGAAAGAUGAUUCCUUAACCAAUGAUGAUAAAUAUAUUAUGCAUCUACUAAAUGAUUAUAAUUCUUCUUAUCAAAAUAAUUUAUUAAGUGAAGAAGAAUCUUUUGUUAAAAGGAAUUUCAGCUGGAACUUUUUUAAAAAACAACAUACAAAUAAUAAUAAUAAUAAUUCGGAUGAUGACAAUUAUUUUAAUGAUUCAUAUAAUAACAUAAAACAUGAAAGUUCGGGGAACUUAAAUUAUAUGUACACAAAAAGUAUUAAAAAUAAAGAUUUACAUAAACUAGUAAUUGAUGAUAAUAACUCUUCUAUGAAUUCAUUCCUUUUUAAUAAUAAAAAAAAUGUUAUCAUAUUAGAUCAAGUUUCUAAAAAAAAGAAAAAGAAAUUACAAUAUAUCAAAAAUUUUGAAGAACCACAAAAGGGACAUAUAUAUAUGGAUGAUGACAUGUAUAUAGAUGUAGAUGUAGAUCUAAAUUCUUAUGCGGAAGGAAAAAAUACUACAAAAGAUACAUCCAAAUAUCCACCACAUUUUAAAAUAUCAUAUGAUGAAGAAAAAAAAAAAAGGAAAAAGAAAAGGCUUUCAACCGGUAGUAAUAAUAAUAGAUACAAAAAUGAUGCGGAAAUAUUAGAUAUGAAUCCAAACAAAAAAAACAAGAAAAAAAAUAAAAUGCUAAAAAAUAAUAAUAAUAAUAAUAAUAAUAAUAAAAAUAAAAAAAAUAAAAGAAAUAAUAAAAGAAGUGGUUGUACUAAAAUGUUCAGAUUUUUUAAAAAAAUAGGAUUAAAUAUUAUUUAUAUUUUUUCAAAAACUAAGAGAAUAUGUAUUGGUAUAUAUGUAUUAUUUAUACAAUUAAUAUUAUCCUUAUUAUUUUCUAUUACACUAAUAUUACAAUCUUUAAUAAAUUUAGUAGAAAAGGUAAAUAUAAAUAAUGCAGAUAAUGUGUUUUUAAUAUUUAAUAAAAAAUAUGAAAGAAAAAAAGUAGUGGUAUUUAAUAAUAUAGAGGAAUAUAAUAAAUUUAAUAUUACCAAAUUAUUUUAUUAUUAUAUUAGUAUAUAUAUGAAUAUAGUGAAUUUCUUAUAUUAUAAUAUGUUAUAUAAAAUGAAGAAGAAAAAAAAAGAUUUAUCGGGAGAAGAUAAAAUUUUUAUGAAGAAAUUAAAAAUCAAUUUAAAAAAUAAAAGAAAAUUUUCUUUCUUUAUUAAUUUCUUUUUAAAUAUAUUUAAUAUCAUCAAUAUAUUAUUAUUUGGACAUAUAGUUUUCUUACUUUUAUGUUUAUUAACAAUGAAUAAUAUUUUUCAAAAAAUACUUACAGCAUGUAUUAAAUUAGUAUAUUACCAAAGAAAUAAAAAUUAUCUAGAUUUUCUCAAUAAAAACAGUUUUAAUCAUAUGAAUAUUAUAAGUUAUAUUAAAAUUAAUCAAGUUAUAAGUAAAUAUGUACUAUUAAAAGAACCCUUCAAAUAUUUCUUAUCUCAUCAAGAUUUCUUGGAUAUUAAAGCACCUAAAAAAAGAAAUUAUUUUGUAUAUACCAAAGAGCUCUUCUUUUAUAUACAAGAAAAUAAAAUUGUAUUCUUAUUUAGAAAAAACGAUAUGAAAAAAAUUGACAUUAUUAUACAUACUAUAAAUAAUAGUUUCGCAAUAAAUAGUUACUAUAAGAAAAAGGGUAGUAAGACAGCCAAAAAAAGUAGAUCCAAAAAUACCCCAUCGAAUUAUACUCUUAAUAUGGAACAUGUGACAGGAGAAGAAAAUAAUAGCUUUACUUCAUCUUUAUAUAACAAAACUAACGUAUCGAAUGAUAUAUCAGAGGAUAAAAAUGUUAUAUGUUUUUUAAAUCAAGAAUUAGCUUUAACCAAAAGAAACGAAAUUAUACAUAUAAAUAAUAAAAACUAUGAUUAUAUUAUUUCCAUAAAAAUAACAAUCAAAAAUAAUAUGAAUGUUAUGGAGAAUAUUUAUUAUAACCCCAAAAAAUUUUUUAAGUGCUUGUCAAAAAUACAAAAAAGCUUCAAUAAUAUUUAUUUACCUUUAUGUAAAAAUAAUAAUAAUGAAACCAAAAAUAAUAAGGAAAAACAUUUAAAUAAUAAAGGUGCAGAUAUAUAUAAAGCAGAUAUAAAUGUAAAAAAAAGAAGAACUUUUUUUUCAGCAAUUAUUUGUUUCUUUAAAAGCAUUUUCAUAUUUUUGUACUUUUGUCUAUGCCCAUGGAAAUUGUUAAAGUUAAAAAAGAAAAAAUCAAAUGACAAUAAAAAAAAACAAAUGGACGAAAAAGAUAAAGAAAAUGCAGUCCAUAAAAAUAUACAACUAAAACAUAAAAAUAAAAAGGAAAAGACAACACCCAACAGUAUUAUUUUUAAAUUAAACUUUGAAGAUUUUCAAUCAACUUUAAAUAUAUUUGAAUGUUUGUGUAGGAUUAUGAAUAAUAAUUAA